CUACCACCAACACGAUGGAUGGAGAAAUGCGCCAAAACCAACGAUCACCCCCCCCGGGCCUAUCUGCUCGUCUGCGUUUGCCCCUGCAACCAACUGGGAAGUCUCCGCCGCCAGCCAACAUGCGCAAGACUUGCAAAUUUCUUUACCGAGAUCCAAUUUACAAUACCUGUCGGGAAUCCGGUCAACAAGAUGGCCAGCGAGGAUACCAGCACAGUGGCAGUGGCAUUGCGCGUGCGUCCCCUCGUCAAAUCGGAGGUGGAAAGCGGCUGCCGCAUUGCACUCGAGCGCUCGGCGAAUGGUUCCCCCCAAGUGUCGAUCAAUCGCGGCGAGUGCUUCACAUACAACCAUGUCUUCGACAGCAACGACACCCAGAAAGAUCUUUUUGAGGCAUGUGUCCAGGGAAAGCUGAAGAAGCUCCUCGAUGGCUAUAAUGUGACCAUCAUAGCGUACGGCCAGACUGGCUCUGGCAAAACAUACACCAUGGGCACGGCUUUCAACGGUGUCCUCGAUAAUGAUGUUGGCGUCAUUCCGCGGGCCGUCGACGAUAUAUUCGGACACAUUGCCGAUCUGAACGAAGAAUACAAUUUCAAAGUGACUUGCUCUUUUGUUGAAUUGUAUCAAGAACAGUUUUAUGAUUUGUUUUCGUCGAACAAGCCCGAAAAAGUUGCCGUGGAAUUACGAGAGAUACAGAAUCGGAUUGUGUUGCCUGGCCUCACCGAAUUAGAUGUAAAAUCCUCUCAUGACGCUACCGAUUAUCUGAUGCGCGGUUCCGCCGUUCGGGCAGUGGCAGCCACUGCUAUGAACGAAGUAUCAUCCCGUUCGCAUGCAAUUUUUACACUUACCGUGGUUUCCAGCGAGCUGAAAGGCGGGAUGGCGGUGACCACCUCCAAGUUUACCCUUGUGGAUCUCGCUGGGUCUGAACGCUGCUCAAAGACACUGGCCACGGGGGAUCGCUUCAGGGAGGGGGUCAACAUCAACAAAGGCCUGCUGGCCCUCGGAAAUGUGAUAAGCGCAUUGGGCUCCGGACAAGUUUCUGGUUAUAUACCAUACCGCCAGUCGAAGCUGACGCGCCUGCUCCAGGACUCGCUGGGCGGCAAUUCCAUCACAUUGAUGAUUGCCUGCGUCAGUCCGGCUGACUACAAUGUGUCUGAGACGCUGAGCACCCUUCGCUAUGCAGAUCGUGCGCUUCAGAUCAAGAACAAGCCCGUGGUCAAUAUGGAUCCGCAUACGGUCGAGGUCAAUAAGCUCAAGGACAUCAUACAGAAGCUGCGCGUGGAGCUGCUGGCCGCCGGCAAGAUGAGCAGCUCCAUUAAUUGUGCUGUGUGUGCGGCCGGACUCGAUCCGCUGCCAAGUGGCGCUGAUGGUACAUCAGCAUCCUGUACGGCUGCUGCUGACCAACAGGGUCUAAAGGAUUUGGUAAAGACGCUGCAGGAGAAGACCCGUAAGCUACAGCAGGAGCUGCACCAGGCUCUGAUCGAUCUCACAGAGAAGGAGAUGCGGGCCCACAUUGCAGAAGCAGCCCACGAUAAGCUCAAGGCGUACGUUAUCCAGUUAAAGAGCAAGCUGCAGGCACAGCUGGCAGAGGGUGCCGAGCCAUCGGAACCAACCGAUCAGAUGCGAGAGAUCAGUCAGCUGGUGGAUCAGGUCGACGAGGAGCUGCAGCGCACCGAGGAAGAGCUGCAGACGCACGGCCACGAAUCGAUAUCGAGCAACAGAACAAAUGGCGAUGGUGAGGGCGACGCCAUGGGCGAGGAGGCCCACGAGCUGCUCAAUUCCCAGUCGGAGGACUACACCAAAAAGCAGCUGGGUCUGGUCGGCGAACUGCGCACCAUCAACCGCCAGCUGGACCUCAAGCAGGAGCUGCACGAGCGCAUCUGUCGCAACUUCAGCAAGCUGGACGAUGACGAUGACGAGAAGGUGAAGCAAUGCAACCAGAAGAUCGACGAGCUGGAGUGCGAGCGGCGCGACCUGAUCGACCAGCUGCGUACCAUCAAGAGCAAGGAUACCUCGGCCCGGAUUGCCGAAGAGCGUCGCAAGCGGCUGAAGCUGCUGGAGCUACAGAUCGCCGAACUGCAGCGGAAACUCAUCACACAGGCCAAUAUGCUGAAGAUGCGCGAAAAGGAGCGGGAGAAGAUCAACAAUUUGAGCGCCGAAAUACGGGCCAUGAAGGAGUCCAAGGUGAAGCUCAUCCGUACGAUGCGGGGCGAGUCAGAGAAGUUCCGCCAAUGGCGAACAGUGCGCGAGAAGGAGCUCACCCAGCUGAAGAGCAAGGACCGUAAAAUGCAGAGCGAAAUGGUGCGUCAGCAGACCCUGCACACCAAGCAGCGGCAGGUGCUGAAGCGCAAAUGUGAGGAGGCCCUGGCCGCCAAUAAGCGGCUGAAGGACGCCCUCGAUCGCCCGGCAUCGGCACAGCGUCAGCGCCAUGCCAAGGAUCCCACGGGUGGUGCCAAGACAGACUCCUGGGUGGAACGCGAACUGGAGGUCAUCCUCUCAGUGAUCGAUGCCGAGCACAGUCUCGAACAGCUCAUGGAGGACCGGGCGAUCAUUAAUAGCCACUACAAUCAAGUGAAAUCUGGUGGGGAUCCCAAACAGCUGGCCAUGAUCGAGGAGGAGCUGGAGAUGCGCAACGCCCAGAUAGCUGAUCUCCAACAGAAGGUCUGCUUCAGCGAUUUGGACAGCCGCAGCAAGGCCCUCGCCGAGAGCGUCCAGAGCAUCAACGAAUCGCGUGCCGUUAGUAAGCAGCUGCUGAAGAGCCUCGUCCAGCAGCGGCGCCAGCAGGCGCACAACAUUUUCGAGCAGCGUAACGCCAUGGAAGAACAGCGCUGCCAGCUGCUGGAGACCCAGCAGCGGCACGAGGCUCUGGCCAAGCGGCUGCGCCAGGUCGAGGCCAACCACGAGGAACAAAUGCUCGCCCAGCAGCGUGCCUACGAGGAGAAGGUGGCUGUCCUAUUGCGCACGGCGGCCACGCAGCAGCCCGCAGGCGAAUCGCACCAAGAGAUUAUCGAGGAGCUGUUGAGCAGCCGCGAAGCCCUUCAGCAACAGGUCGAUCGUCUGAAGUCGAGCAAGGAAAAGACACACACAAAAGAAAAACAAGCUAAGGCGGCCCCAUCCCGCGAUAAUCACAAUGAGAGCGUUGAGUUCCUCUCUGAAAGCAUUGAUAUUAUGAGCGAUGCCAGCGAUGACGACCCCGAAUGGAUCCCCAGCACCAAACGACGUUCCAAGAUGUCUACGCAGUCGGUCAACGACAAAACCGAACGUGCCACCUCACAGGCCCAGGAGACAUCAAUGCCGACCGGCGAACAGCAGCAGGCCCUCGGCGCAAACAGUGACAUCAAUGGGUCGGUCAAUUCCCAGCACUCCACCUCGGCCACGGAGCUCGGAGAGGGGGGUCGCCACUCGAUAUCGAAAAAGUGCAAGUGCCGCACCAAAUGCAAUACGAAACGCUGCGCCUGCUUCUCCUCCAGCAACGGCUGUGGCGACAACUGCGGCUGCAAGGGCUCUUGCAUGAAUCCACUGAACCGCAACGCGAAGCCGCAGCCAACAAAUUCACCCAAGGCUGAUAUCCUCGACAUCAAGGAGGAGCCGCUGGAGGAACAGAAGCAGCAGGAUGAUAAGAUGGUGGGCGAGAACUCUACAUUUGCCUCACCAGAGCCAGCAUUCGGCUCUGAGUCUGCGCCCACUUCCAACGUCCUAUCGCCUGCCAAGCGAUCCAUCGAUCAGAAUGCUGCUCCAGCACACCUAGGCAGAGCCACUUCCACCGAAGAAUUCAGCGCCCCCAAGCUAGCCAGAAUGUCUGGACUGGCAUUCUCCACGCCACGACGUAAAUUCUUCUAGGUAGAAAGGAAAACACUGCCUGUCACUGUCAUCCUUCAGAUCCCGACACGACACAACGCGCGAUCUACGUUGAUGAUUUUACAAUCUCUACAGUCUAGACUUAUUUUUGUUUUUACGUUUACAUUUACGAUUACUAUACGAUUAAGGGUUGGGUGUCACUGUUCUGCUACGUUCCAAAUAAUAUUCGCAGACCAGAAAGUCGCGACCGAAUCACGGCUAAA